AUGUUUUCCAAAAAACGUAAAGUUGACAAUGAAAACAGAAAGUUCCUGGCUGAGUGGACCGAACAAUAUUUUUUUACACUUCCAGUAAGAGCUGGAGCCGUUCCAGUAUGUCUCAUAUGCAACAGUACAGUUGCUGUCGUUAAAUGUGCUAAUUUAAAGCGUCAUUAUGAUACAAUGCAUAAAGAUUUUGAAAAAAAAUUUCCUCUUGACAUUGCAGCGCGUAAAGAUAAGCUCCAAGCGUAUCUCUUGUCUUAUAAAAAUAGUACGACCAUGUUAGUAAAAAACUCAGAAAUUGUAAAAGAGUGUAUGUUGGAAGUAGCCACUGCACUUUUUGAAGAGAAAAAGGACAUAAUUAAUGCUAUUCAAAAUGUUCCUAUAUCAGCAAGAAGCAAUACAAGAAGAACAGAACUAUUGGCCGAUGACAACAAAAAUAAUUUACUUCACAUUUUACAGAUGGCUCCUUGCUACGCUAUUGCAAUUGAUGAAGACGAGUUGUUAGCAUUAUUGCCAUUGAAAUGCAAGACUCGUGGAGAAGAUUUCUUUAAAACUUUUGACAACUUCAUGACUAAAUCAAAUAUUAGUUAUAAUAAAAUUGUGUAUAUUUCAACCGAUGGCGCCCCAGCAAUGAUUGGUAAUGAAAAAGGAUUUGUUAAGAGAAUCAAGGAUAAGAAUGCUGAAAUACUUUCAUAUCAAUGUAUAAUUCAUCAAACAUCCCUGUGUGGCAAACUUAGAACAACGCUGAAGGAAGUAAUGGACAUAAUGAUCAAAAUGAUUAAUUUUUUAAAGUCCCGAUCUGCUCUUCAGCACAGGCAGAUUAAAGAUUUUUUAUUUGAAUGUGAUUCAGUGUAUUCGGAUUUACUUCAACAUAACAAUAUCCGUUGGUUAAGUAAAGGCAAAGUGAUCGAACGUUUUUGGAGUAUAAAAGAAGAAGUAAUCACGUUCUUGUUUUUUUUGUCGGACCUUGGUGAAGAAUUUGGUAAGAGAUUCAAAGACUUUGCAGAAAUUGGAAAACUGUCUCAAUUUUUAAAAAAUCCGUUUGAAGUUUCUCCGACUGGAGAAUGGAUUGACGUUGCUACAAAAUUAUUCAGACUUCCAAAAUCUUCACUUCAAAUGGAAAUUAUUGAUUUGCAAGAAGAUAUCUCAUUGCAAAUAAAUAAGAAUUCGUCUACUGAAGAUUUUUGGAUAAAACAUGUCUUGGAUAAAUACAUGAACUGUAAUACCCUUGCCAUAAAAUUAGCUACUAUGUUUGGCUCCACUUAUGUAUGUGAAACUUCAUUUUCAAAAAUGACGUUUUUAAAAAACCGAUACCGUUCAAGGUUAACAGAUCACCACCUUGAAAACACUUUACGCAUCAGUUGUUCUCCAAGAGUACCAGAUCUUAAAAAAUUAGCUCAAGAAAAGAAAUGUCAUUUUUCUCAUUAA